CAUGCUGCUGCCUCUCUCCGCCCUAAGUGGGACGUCCCUGUGUGCUGCACUUGUAGUCCGUUUUUUCCUUUUUUUUCGCUGUAGCAACACUUUUUGAAAGUACCCAAAUUGUAUCUGUCUCCGGGUACCCUCGAACCGGAUAACUCAUAACGAAAACACAACGUGGUUUCGUUUUGAGGACGCACUCCGUACUUGCUUACUUCGCAGGACUUUUUUUAUGGCUCACAACUCUCCAAACUGAGAAGUGGGGUAAUUUUUUAAUUAGAAUGAGGUAACGAAUCAAGUGUUUUGUGUGAUUUGGGCUCUCGAAGGCGAUUUCACGGACUUUCCCCGCGCGUAAGUUUAGUUGUUGUCGUGGAGAGACAGCCAGUCUGGAUGCUCGCGCGCCCUGUGCCAAGCUGCGCUCCACCCCGCGGACGGUGCCCUAGGCUCGGGGGUUAGAUGGUGCUGAUCACGGACGACAGGGAUGGAGGAGGCGCCUCGUCGGUCCGAGUCAGACAGCUCCAACUCCAGCAGCAGCAGCAGCAGCAAAAAGUCGGGGGAGACAUCCGCCAAGUUCACCCGACCAUAAUUGAGGAGCCUCUGUCCCACUAUGUGGACGAGGACUCCCUGGGCUCGUGUGAGGAGGACACUGAGGAUGGAAGCGAGGACGACCAUGACGAGUUCGAAGAAGUUGACUUUGAGGACCUGGAUGAUUGUCGGAGCAUCGCGUCGGACGACUCCUUCUAUCCACCGGAUGAUGUGUUCGCGGACUCGGAGCGCUCCCCGUCUCCGGACAGCCCGGAGCCGCUGUCUUUUUUCCAGGCGUGCUGCACCAACAACGCGGCCAUAGUCCGGAUAAUGAUCCGGCAUGGUGUGAAGGAGGAGGAGGUCAAGGAGACUGACAGGAAUAACAGGAUAGGGCUACUGGUUGCGUGCUACCAAGGUUACGUGGAUGUCGUCAUAGCGCUGUCUCAGUGUCCGUACCUAGAUGUCAACUGGCAGGACAGCGAGGGAAACACGGCUCUGAUCACUGCUGCGCAAGCAGGCCACAUAACAAUCACCAACUAUCUGCUGAACUACUACUCUGGGUUGGAUAUAGAGAGAAGAAACUGUCACGGCUUCACCGCCCUAAUGAAAGCCGCCAUGCAGGGCAGGGUGGAGUGCGUGCGCUCGCUCAUGUUGGCAGGAGCUGCCCUGAAUGCGAAAGACUCUGGCCGCCAACUGACUGCCAGGGAGUGGGCCUUGUUUACAGGCCGUUAUGAAACUGCAUGGCUGAUGGCGCGCUUAAUGGAACGGCCUUGUCCACAUCAGUACUGUGAUACAUACAGUCUAGAGUGGCGCCCGCUGGCAUCACUGGUGGCCAAAGCCCAGGAGCCGCGCGGCUGUUUGAAACGCUUGUCGGACACCAUGCGCAACAUCUUCAACAUCGCAAAUGUCACCAACCCGGAGGACGAAGGCGCCAUCGACCACAUGGUUUCUAUUACGACUGGCAUUAGGAGCCCUUUCAUCGCUGUGGCAUGCCGCACAGUGUGUCCUGACAGUCCUCCAGGUGUGGGAAAACGGCGCUAUGCGGUCCCAGAGAUCAUUCGCCAGCAGCGCGCCAAGGAGCUUCGCUCCAUCAACCCCGACAGGGUGGACAGCCAUCUCAGACUCUUUGAGAACUCUCGCGUGACUCUGGUGACCAAGAACUCAGCAGGUCGCCGGGCCAGCCUUCAGGCUCAGAGCCUGGUGCCUCGGCACAGGAGCUCCAGCUUGGGUUUGGUGUCUUAUAACCAAGCCAUGGAGCUACGGAGAACCAGCUUGUUGCCCAUGCACAUGGUGCUGAGGAGGAGCAGUGUGAGGCCAGGCUUCACCAUACCCAAGGUGAGAGUGUCCAAGGCCCCACCGUCCACUUAUGAGCCGGCACAGGUUCGGAGGAAGAGCAGCUCCAAAGAUGGAGGGGGGAACUUUCUGCAGGUUCCAAAGUGGCGAUACAAGGAGCUAAAGGAAGAAAGGAAAAAAGCCGAGGAAGCGGAGAGAAAGAGGCUGGAGGCUGCAACGAGGAGACAUAUUGCUACUGGGAAAAGGAAAUAAUAUCAUUACCUCAGAGGAUAUCGUGUACACUAAACCCCCCACCCCCCUCCAAACAACAAAAAAACAUACGGGCCAAGGUGUCCGACAGAUCUGGCGUUUAUGGUUUUCAGCUUUACACAGUUAGGUGCACAGGGUGAGCUCAGAAUUACCAGCAGUGUUUGGAUGCUGACCGACCUCUUUAAAAAUGGCUGUCUCUAUAGCGACAGCGUUAGAAGUGCACAACGCUGAUGUCAAACAGCGAAUACCCAGGGGAUUUGAUACUUGAAAUGUUUUUAAGCUAAUUUAUUUUUCAUAUUUAUUGCUUUUUAAUGGAUGGCCAGGCCUAUAUUUUGUUAUGCCUUGGGUGCUCAUUACGCUGGUGUUUUUGUAGUACGUUGCACUGUGUUGAAGCAGAAGACAAUAACACGCACUCCUUCAAACUGAAACCUGCAGCAGAAAAAAAUGUGUUCAUUUUGCUGCCUAAAAUAAUUAAAAGCAAUUUAUUAAAAAUUAUAUCUUUUAAGUCAUUCGGUGAAGAGUAAUAAUGAUCUCGUCAUUACUGGCUGAGAAAGCGAAGCACAAGAUUUGUAAUGAAUCUCAUGGCGUCUGCCUGCCAAUAUUUUAGAUGCUUUCUUCUUUUGCUUUACAGUGACAAACCCUGAAUGUAUUUAACGUAUAUAUUUUAUAUAUAGAGAGAGAAAUUUAAAUGCUUUUGAUGACAUUUUUUCAAUUAAGGGCGAAGACUUAAAUGUAUAGCUUUUGAAUCUGACAAGUUUGGAAGAAAUUUUUAGAUUACUUCCUGCACAUUUACCCUUCAGAGCCCAAUUAACCCUUUAAAGCCAAGUGUAUCAUGUUUAUUAUAUGAGUUUUUGAGACUUCUAUUCAUGAGUGCAAUACUCAUCCAUCCAUUCGCAGUCAGGGACAGACAACCAUUCACACUCACAUUCACACCUAUGGGCAAUUUAGAUUUUUCAAUUAACCUAUCCCCACAAAGUGCAUGUCUUUGGACUGUGGGAGAACCCACGCAAACUUGGGGAGAACAUGCAAACUCCACACAGAAAGCCCCUGCUGGCCUGAUGGUGGAAUUGAACUCAGGACCUUCUUGCUGUGAGGCAACAGUGCUAACCACCAUGCCACCGUGCUGCCCUCAGCACUGGUAAUUAUUUCAUGGUCCAGGCUUUAAAGGGUUAACACAGAUCAUAGCUUAACUUCAGGUAGUGACUGGGAAUGAGUCAUGCACACAAGGUGUGGAUGUUGCGAAUGAAAUAAAGUUUCCACUAACAGUGACCGUGGACUCAAUUAACCUAGCCUUAUUGAUGAUUUAUAAAUGCCUCAGCCGUGUAGUGCUAGAAAAGUAAUCUGUCUUCUUUUUGAUCUCCAUAGCAUUUUUAGGGGCUCCGCUCAGGGGGAGAAAAACAACAAAACACUACAUGCAAGUUUUGACAUACAAAGGAGAGCCUGGAGUGAUGAUGUCUAACAUGUGGCCACUCUGAUCAUAAAAACAGCCAACCCAUUAUAGAGCAGAGAGGUCAGUUUCCUGCUAUGACAUUAAAACAGUGAAAAUAAUGGGGUGAAAAAUAACCGUGAUUUAAACCCACAGAGCCACGGGGAGCGCAGUGAUAUAACAUUGUCUGGAAUUUCAAGAGCACAAUUUCACGCUCCUAACUCCUCGUGGCGAUUGGGGCUUAAGUGCUAUCCAAGAGCGUGUGUCUAAUAUACAUGGUGAUGAGUUGCUAAGGGGUUACAAGGGCACUGCACAGCCAAAUCGUUUCUUCAAAUAAACUUCAUUGACUUCAGAGUGGCAAUCUGCUUAGAUACUGCCCAGAGGAAAUAAUUUGAACAUGACAAAAGAGGAGCGAGCUGCACAUUUACUUGAACUCUACACUUCAGAAACUCUAAGUGGCUCCAGGAUUAGCAUAUUUAACAUUAACAUGUUUUAUAUGAAAAUGGAUUUUUGCUGGCAGAGCCGUUUGCAGUUUGUCACGAGUCAACCGAGGUUAACUUGCCAUGAAUAAAAGCCAAAUUCAUUUA